AUGCCACUUUCCUCGGGUGCUCUGAAGGUGACGGUAAUCUCGUCAAUUUCGUCCUUCCUGUCUAUACUUGCUUUAGCUCUUCGAUGCUGGUCAAGGUACAUAAAGAAGACAGGAUUCAAGUUCAAUGACUAUUCUGCUAUAGCAGCAACUAUACUAGCUCUCGGUGGCGCAGGUGUCAUUCUUGCAGAUGCAAUCGUCGGCGCAACAGGCGUGCAUGUUGCAGAUAUCUUGGCAAAUGACCCAAGCAUACUGGACAUCUAUUUCAAGUUGAUAGUUCCGGGCCAGCUACUUUGGGCGGCAGCGAACACCUGCGUCAAACUGUCAAUCUUAUCGCUUUACACCAUCUUGUUUCCAGUCAAGCGGUUCUGCUACCUUUGUUAUAUCGCUAUUGCUGUCACUUUGUGUUAUUUUGUAAGUGUAGUUGUGGAAACGUUUGCACUGUGUACUCCAGUCGAGUUCAACUGGGAUAAGAAUAUUCCCGAUGGCAACUGCGAACAUCAGAGCGCCGCAUUUCUUGGUGCCGCUAUUACCAAUCUUCUUAUCGAUGCAUUCAUCGUCGCAUUGCCAAUGCCGAUGCUAUUCGGACUGCGAAUGUCCCUCCAGAAGCGGCUAAGCAUCGCAGGAAUGUUCGGUCUUGGAGGAAUAAUAUGUAUCAUUUCAAUGCUGCGCGUCAUAUCGGUCUCUCAAUGGGAUUUGGAUGACGUGACAUACGCGACAACCGACGUGUCGAUCUACUCCGUCUUGGAGCCUUGCCUCGGUGUGGUCAACGCCUGUCUCCCGACAAUACAGCCGGCCAUCAAACGUAUCUUCGGAGAUGCCGUAGCAAGUUGGAGCUCGCAUGACUCGCAAGGCACGCCGAUAGAUACAAAGAUCUCCAGAAACCGCGAGCGUCAGAAUGCCCAGUAUAUAAGAGACCAUAACUUCCGACGCCUCGAGGACGACAUUCCCCUGACCACCAUACGCAGCGAUCACGGCGGCGAUUCCGAUCAGAACAACAACGGGAACGCCAUCACGGUCACUCGGCAAUGGGAGGUCGAUAGCUCCUAA